UGUGUGUGUGUAUGUGUGUGAGAGAGGAGAGGGAUCCGAGUGUGAAACGGAGGGAGAGGCCCGAUCCAGGAAACAGCCACACGUAGGAGACGGCAACAUCAUGGCAAACAUCGCGGUCCAGAGGAUCAAACGGGAGUUCAAAGAGGUCCUUAAAAGCGAAGAGACGAGCAAAAACCAGAUCAAGGUGGACCUCGUAGACGAGAACUUCACAGAGCUGAAAGGGGAAAUAGCGGGACCGCCCGACACGCCGUACGAAGGUGGCAGGUAUCAACUAGAAAUUAAGAUUCCAGAGACGUAUCCAUUCAAUCCACCGAAGGUGCGGUUUAUCACUAAAAUAUGGCACCCCAACAUCAGCUCGGUCACUGGCGCCAUAUGUCUGGACAUCCUUAAAGAUCAAUGGGCAGCCGCUAUGACACUACGCACGGUGCUGUUGUCACUACAGGCUUUGUUAGCAGCAGCGGAGCCAGAUGACCCCCAGGAUGCAGUGGUAGCCAAUCAGUACAAGCAGAACCCGGAAAUGUUCAAACAGACGGCCCGGCUGUGGUCGCACGUGUACGCCGGAGCGCCCGUCUCUAGUCCCGAAUACACCCGCAAAAUAGACAAACUCUGUGCCAUGGGCUUCGAUAAGAAUGCAGUAAUAGUGGCCUUGUCUUCAAAGUCCUGGGACGUGGAGACGGCGACAGAGCUUCUACUCAGCAACUGAGACUGCACUGAAGGCUACAAGCUCCGCCCCCUAUCCCCCCCCCCCCCCC